CUUGGCGAGCCUGGCGAGGGACACACUGUGCGCGAGGCGCGCGCGCGCGAUUGCGCUCCACGCAGUCCACGACGUUCGUCGCCUCCUUUGUUGCUCGAAGAGGAGGCACGGCGGCACCGCAGAAUCGGAGUACGCCCCCCGUGCGCUGCUCCUGCGGAUAAACUCCGCGCUCUCCCUCCUGCACGCACCACGUGGGCACACAUGUCGGCAGCCACGGGUGCCCUGCAUUGCCUCCUGUUGGCUGCGCUCGAGGCCGGUAUCCUUGGCUUGCGCAUCGUGUCACUGGACGUGCCUCAGCGUGUGAGCGUGGGCCGGGAAGCGUUGCUAAAGUGCGCCUAUGACCUCGAGGGGGACCUUCUGUACUCUGUGAAGUGGUACAAGGACGACAUCGAGUUCUUCAGAUACGUUCCCUCCGAUAGGCCACCCGGCCAGUACUUCGAAGUGAACGGCAUUCGAGUAGACAUGCUUCGCUCAGUAAACGGCAGCGUGUUCAUCCGCGGCAUGGAUGCCGCUUCGGAGGGCACUUACAAAUGCGAAGUCUCCGCGGAUGCACCCUCGUUCCAGACAAUCUUCGCCGAGAAGAUGAUCAGGGUGGACUCCGGCUCUUCUAGUCAGCUGAGGACGUCCGGUCUCGCCUGGGCACUGGUCGCCGCCGUCGGAUGCCUCACGUCUUUGCUUCGGUGGCGCACCACGUGAAGUAUGCCCGCUCUAAUACCACGGCGUCAAAUGGCCUCGCCUGCCAUAGCCAGCAAGCCAGCCAACAAGCCAGCCGGUCAGCCGCCGCCACGUGCGUGGUUACAAGAGUCACACGACAGACUUCAAACAACUUCACCUGCGCGUGUGGCACGGCCUCGCUCUGCAGCCGAGAAGCAGCAGUGCGAGCGGGGGCCUAGGCAUUGGGUUAAGCGUCUUUAUGCCCAGUGACAGUACCGCUGUUUUUCUGCAAACCUAAAUGAUGCGAGACUUUAUGUUCGCGAGAGGCACACUGACGUUUGCUUCAACAAGGAGUGCUGGAGCAGCGAGAGAAGAAAUGAAGCUACUGACGGGAAAGGCUGAGCGAUGCGAAGAAAGCGCUGUGCCGCUCUUAUUCUAUUGACACUACCAGCUCGCCAGAAUUGCGCGCCAACCGUCAAAGACUUUGCUGUUGCUUUGCCUAGGCCAUGCAUUGUAUUUCAGGCUGCGUCUCCUUGAAUCUCUCCGAACUCUCCCAUGAUGGCACUUUCAAAGUAUGCCAUCUUACUUCACGCAUUUCUUUUUCACGUCCCUAGACGUAAGUAGGGAAAAAACUAUUCGAUGUUUUUUUCUCUUGGAUCUGUGAUGACGAAGAUGUUCUAGUCACUACACCAACGAUCUUUUGUUGAUUGUUUUAUUUUCUGUGCACGAUCAGAAGGUCAUAGGGUGAUGAAAGGGAUUGAGGUAUUGAUGCGUAAAGAAUUGCGUAAGCGUCGGAGAAUGAAAUCUCGACUCGCAGGGGAAAUGGAUUGUCGACGUCGAAAAAAGGGUUUAUUUCGCUGUCAGGCUGCUUCCAUUAUUCCUAUAGACUCACUCCGACUCGCUCACGAAGCGAAGAUACUCAAUGGCUGGUGACUGGGAAGUUUCAUUAUACGAAUAUAAUGACUAAAAAGUUGGCUUCAAGACGAUUAUGUAAAGGCUUAGAAAAGAAACAUCACUCACUGCAAGAGUGUAACUAAUUUAGGGGGACUUGCUAAGGGACCUUUAUUGGCCGUGCUUUACAAAAGCGGACACUUUCGCAAUGUUUAAACGAUACUGAACUUGAUUACUAGCGGGAUGUCUCCGUCUAGUAUGGUUUUCUUCUUUUGUGCAUGUCAACAAGAAAACGAAGAAAUGAAUUUCUAGCCUCUUGGCUGCAGUCACUCUAGCUGCUUGCACAGUUUACAAGCGGUACAGUGUUUGUUGUUGGUUUGCCGCUUGUUCGAGCUUAGCUCCACCCACACUUACAUCUAUGAACUAGGGCAUAAAAAAAGAAGAAAAAAAAACAACGUUUCCAACGCGUCGAAACCAAGAUGCAGCGCAGUGUAGGUUCUGAAACAGUAUUGUGCUGUUCAUGGAAUGUUAUCUUGUGUAAAUAGCACGAAGAGCCAAUAUUGAAAUUCUGCUGCCCUCUAAAUGAAGCGCUUGAUUCGAGUGAAUGUUUAAACGAUGGAUUUAAAUGUGUCCUUCACUAAUUCCUUCGCACUUCAA